AUGUUGAAAGUUAGUGUGAAGUGGCAAAAGGAGUUGUUUACCGAUGUGGAAAUAGACACUACCCAACCCCCAUACGUUUUCAAAUGCCAGCUCUUCGACUUAACUGGAGUUGCGCCUGAAAGACAGAAGAUUAUGGUCAAAGGUGGUUUACUAAAGGAUGAUGCAGAUUGGUCAAAAGUAGGAGUGAAGGAGGGCCAGAAAUUAAUGAUGAUGGGAACUGCAGAUGAAAUUGUGAAGGCCCCAGAAAAGGGCCCCGUUUUUGUGGAAGACAUGCCAGAAGAAGAACAAGUGGUUUCUUUGGGCCACUCUGCUGGUUUAAUAAAUCUGGGGAACACCUGUUAUAUGAACUCCACAGUACAAUGUUUGCAUUCAGUCCCAGAAUUGAAAUCUGCUUUGCUGCAGUAUCCUCCUCCAGUUAGAAGCAACUCUGUGGAUCAAACUUCGCAUUCAUUGACUGUUGCAACGCGGGAGUUAUUUAAUGAUCUUGAUAAAAAUGUCAAGCCUGUGGCUCCAAUGCGAUUUUUAACGGCCUUGCGGAACAAGUAUCCUCAAUUUGCGCAGCUUCACAAUGGAAUUUACAUGCAGCAGGAUGCUGAAGAGUGUUGGACUCAACUUUUAUUCACCCUUUCAUUAUCCCUGAAACAACAUCCCAGGUGGCACUCUUCUUCUCAUAGCUGGACCAUGUUUGUUUGUAUUCCUGUCACAUUAGUCCAUUGUGCUGAAAGUAGUGAAGAAAGUACGGAAGCAGAAUCAGUAUAUUCACUCAAAUGCCAUAUUUCACAAGAUGUGAAUCAUUUACAUGAAGGCUUAAAACAUGGUUUAAAAUCAGAAUUGGAGAAGUCUUCUCCCGCCCUUGGACGCAGUGCUAUUUACUCAAAAGAUUCUCGCAUAAAUGACUUGCCAAGGUACUUGACUAUUCAAUUUGUGCGCUUUUUCUGGAAAAGAGAAACAAAUCAGAAGGCUAAAAUUUUGCGGAAAGUGGACUAUCCAUUGGAAUUAGAUGUAUAUGAUCUUUGUUCAGAUGAGCUGCGCCAGAAACUGGAAGUCCCUCGACGGACCCUAAGAGAUGAAGAAGGAAAGAAGCUUGGCCUGAAAACAAACGAAAAAGGUUCAACUUCUACGGACAAUGAUGUCAAGAUGACUGAUGCUGAGGGCUCUUCAAAUAGAAGUGAAGUUGAUGCGGAAUCUGCACCUGGAGAAGGUACAACUGCGGAGAAAGAGAAGCACCUGACAGGGGUGUAUGAUUUGGUUGCUGUGCUCACUCACAAGGGUAGAAGUGCUGAUUCUGGGCAUUAUGUUGCCUGGGUUAAGCAAGAAAACGGAAAAUGGGUUGAAUUUGAUGAUGAUAAUCCGAUUCCUCAACGGGAGGAAAAUAUCACUAAGCUCUCAGGAGGAGGUGACUGGCACAUGGCUUAUAUUUGCAUGUACAAGGCUCGUGAUGUCUCCAUGUAG